GGUUUAGAUCAUUUGGCAGCGACACCUUUCGGGGAACAUUAUUAUGGCGUCAGCAGAAGUUGAUGUUCAAUUGGUUCUAGUCACUGGGGCAUCAGGAUACAUUGCCUCUCAUGUUGUACAGCAGUUACUUAAAAAUGGCUAUCGUGUUCGUGGCACUGUCAGAAGUAAGAAGAAUGCAACUAAAGUCCAGCAUCUACUCAACCUUUGUCCCGAUGCGCAGCAUGAACUAGAGUUGGUUGAAGCUGAUCUUCUUGACGUUGAAAGCUGGAAACCAGCUGUAGAUGGAUGUAGUCAUGUGAUUCAUGUUGCCAGCCCGUUCCCAAGUGAAGCUCCAAAGCAUGAGGAUGAGAUAAUAAAACCGGCUUUAGAAGGUACGCUCAACGUCCUUAAAGCAUGUCAGAAUGCGGGUACUGUGAAGAGAGUGGUUGUCACAAGUUCUAUAGCUGCAGUUAGCGGUGGAUUUACCGGCGAAUCUAAUGUUGUGUUUUCUGAGAAAGACUGGCCGAAUGUUGAUACGAUCGGAACCUAUGAAAAGAGCAAGACUUUAGCUGAAAAAGCUGCAUGGGAUUUUGUUGACAAGUUGAAGGUAAUUUUUUAUGUUUUUAAAAUAUGA